UACACAGUCGCCUAUUUUGCCCGAAGAAGAAAACGUCUGCGGAACCAACAUGGCGGCGUCGCUAGUCCGGUUCGUCCGCGGCGGUCUUGGAAGGACUUAUAACCUUGCAAAGAGUUCAUGUCUCCUCCAGCAGCAGAGCCGACUGCAGAGCUCCACCACCGACACCAGCCCCACCAUCAGGCCCAAGGAUGCCGUCACCCACAGCCAGCUGGCAGCGUUUGGGGAGUACGUGGCUGAGAUGAUGCCCAAAUACGUCCAGCAGGUCCAGGUGUCCUGUUACAACGAGCUGGAGGUGAUGAUCCACCCUGACGGAGUGAUCCCUGUGCUGACCUUCCUGAGGGACCACACCAACACCCAGUUCAGGAACAUGAUUGACCUGACGGCUGUCGACAUCCCAUCACGGCAGAACCGCUUUGAGAUUGUGUACCAUCUGCUGUCGCUGCGCUUCAACUCUCGUCUCCGCAUCAAGACGUACACAGACGAGUUAACACCGGUGGACUCUGCGGUUCCGGUCCACCUGGCCGCCAACUGGUACGAGAGGGAGGUUUGGGACAUGUUUGGCGUGUUCUUUGCCAACCACCCGGACCUGAGGCGUAUUCUGACAGACUACGGGUUUGAGGGUCACCCCUUCAGGAAGGACUUCCCUCUCUCAGGAUACGUAGAGGUGCGUUACGAUGACGAGGUGAAGCGAGUGGUGGCGGAGCCCGUCGAACUGUCGCAAGAGUUCAGAAAGUUUGACCUGAACACACCGUGGGAGGUGUUCCCCGCAUACCGAGACCCCAAAGAGGACGCCCCGAAGCUGGAGGCCGGAGACGCAGCGCCCGAGAAGAAGUGAAGAGUCCCUCUGUUUCAUCACCACCUUCUGUCUGUUAGUGUCACUCUGGGAUCAACAUGAACAAACCCCACCUGAAAUAUUUAUGUACAUAAAAAUAGUAAUAAAACAACCUCCAAAAGA